AUGAGUAGUCAACAACAACAACAAGAUGAUCAACAAAUAACAACAAAUAAUAAAACCAACACAAAUGUAACAACAGCAACAACAACAUCAACAUCAGAAACUAUAGAAACGAUUGUUGAAGAUGAAAAAGAGACAACAAGGAAACAACAGAUAUGGUUUCAUGAGAUAUCUGAAAAGUUACAAUUACUAUCUCUAUCAAAUGAUCUACUAAAAGAGAAAAAUCUAAACCUCUUACAACAACAAGAUCAAACUGAAUUAAAACUAGAAUCUUAUAAACAAGAAUUGGAUUCAAAAAAUACAUUAAGAGGAUUAUGCAAGAUUAAAGAAGGUUUGAGAGUUCGCGAUGCCAAUAUUGAUUCAUUGACAAUACAAUUGGAAAUUGCAACCAAUCGAGUUGGCAUGCUGUCAGAAAGUUUACGAGAUCUUGGUGACAGAACAAAUAUAUUUGAUCGUGAUGAAAGUUUUAAUAUUAGUAGUGCCAGUAAACAAUUGUUGGAUUAUCAAAAGAUCCUAGCCUAUCAAAAAAUUAAAUCUGUUGAAGAAAAAUAUGGUACCAUUAAAAAUAUUAAUCUAGGUUUACAAAAAACAAUUCAAGAAUUAUCUUUAGAGAAUGAAAAAUAUAAAUAUUCUUUAGAGGCCUUAAAAAAUCAAAAUAGAUAG